CCUCCACCCACUCGUGGCAACACCCAAGGAUAGCAAGGAGGAGCUCUGAAAUUCACCAUUUUCACACCCAAAUUCGAGCUCAAGGUGGAGGAUCCAAGGAGGAGUGUUUGGAGAAGGAAAAAGGUGUAGGAAAGUGUGGAAAAUUGAGGAACUUGAUUUAAAGUAUUUUUGAGCUUCUCCGGAGUUUCGUCGGAAUUGGUCAAAGUUCGCCGGAGUUGGUCAAAGUUCGUCGGAGUUGGUCAAAGUUCGCCGAAAUUAGUCAAAGUUCAAUCGAGAAGCAUAGAACGCGCUUAAGCUUAAUUAAGUUUCAGGUAGAACUUGAAGGUUGCUACUACCAGCCGCUGUUUCGGGAAGUUUCUGAGAAGAAGACUUGAAAUGGAACCAGUUGGAAGGAUCACUAGAAGGAACCUGUUGGGCCGUGCACCGGGUGGGUCCGAGUGCGGUAGCCGGGGGUCCUCUAGGGGAUCAAGAGGAAGGGGCCGUGGAGGCCAACGUCAAACCGUGAGUGAUGGCCACGUUGAUACCAAGAGUGAGACCUAUUGGUCCUAUGAGGACUCAACCUACCAGCCGGGGACUGAGCCAGUUGAGACCCCUUACGAAGGGAAUGAUGAUGAUGUGAGUGAUGAGGAGGAAAGUGGCUCCUUGGCCAGGAUCGAAGCGCUGCUCCAACAGUAUCAUCGGGAGCGCGAAGAAAGGAGGGCACGCCGAAGGCACCGUGCAGGGCAACCUUCGGGCGGGGCUUCAAGAGGGAGGAGCUAUUGCGAUUCGAGAACCCAUGUGGAAGCGCAUGGAAGUCGGGGCGAUGGAGGUCCAGCCAUAAGGAUCUCCAAAUACAUCAAAGAGGCGAGGGACUUAGGGUGCAAACCGUUCGAUGGGACGGGAGACAUCUCGGUUGCCGCACAGUGGAUCAAGAGGCUGAACGAGGCAGUCCUUGACAUGCAGCUCACCCCCGAUUUUAAACUGAGAAUCGCGGUAAGGUUACUCGAAGGGUUGGCAUCCAAAUGGUGGGAUGGAACCAAGGGUAAGUAUGGCGGAACUGUUACAUGGGAGGAUUUUCGACAAGAAUUCUUUGCCCAGUACUACUCCGACUUCGAAGUAAACGCCAAGGUGAGGGAAUACACUCUCCUAACCCAAGGUGGUAACAUGACGGUGAAAGAACUUGAGAACAAGUUCAGAGACCUUGCCGAUCACAUACCGGAGUAUGCUUGUGAUGAAAACCGAAUGGUGAAUCAUUUUUGGGAGGCCUUGGACUUGGAGAUACGCGACAGGGCAACUCAAUUGCCCAACAUGACUUUCAGCCAAGUGGUCGCCCAAGGGUUGAAAGGAGAAAAGCAAUGGGAGGAGAGGAAGAAGAGAGAUGCCGAAGAGGCUAAGAAAAGAAACUGGGAAAGCCAUGGCCCCCAAGGUCCCAACAAGAAGGGGAACCAUGGGGGAGGUGGAUCGUUCAGGGCACCGGCAGCACCAUCCAAGGGAAACCCGGCCACGAGCGGGCACUACUCGGGCUCACAAGCCCCAACGACGCCCAGGUGCAGGAAUUGCAACAGGAACCACGCCGGUAAGUGUCGUGAUCCACCACGGUGCUACCAAUGCGGGAGUACAGGGCAUAUUAAGCCAAACUGCCCUCAACUUGGUGGGAACCGGGGGUCAGGACCAAGCGGCGCUACCACGGCAAGUAGGAACCGGGCCGGAGCAUCUCAUGCCAGUGUGGGCCAGGGGGAGCGAGCACGAGCAAUGCGCCGUCCGUGAAUCAAGGAAGAACUCAAGCUAGAGUUUAUGCGAUGACGGAAGCAGAUGCUCGAGCUAACCCAGACUCCGUCGCAGGUUUUGUGAUGGAUCACAUGUCAUUUAUGAAGAGGGCGCAGCUGAAAGCGGCCGAGGAGCUGAAGGCCCAACAACCUGGAGCUACCGCUGCAGCCAAGCCCCCGGUACAGCCGAAGAAAAAACGGCAGGCCGAUGAGGGCCAGAAGAAGUUGACCGAGGUGGGAAUGAAGCCUCCCAAGAAGUCAAAGAGGGCUUCCUCUGCUGGUGAUGUUGGGACGUCGGCUGUUCCUUCUGGGGACGGAGGGGGUUCAAACCCUGAUGUUUUGGUGGACCACCCUUCGGGCCCUUCGUCCACCACUCUCUCCACUGUUCCUGCUACUGUAACGGCUGCCCGGAAGAAAGGGUCCGGCCGAGAGCUGGUCAAAGGGACCUACAAGCUCGAGGUGGAGUACCCUGUCAAAGGGGGGCUGUUCAACGAGAUUGUUGACGGCCACGAGGUGAUUUCUCAAGCCAUUCCUGACGAAGACCGGGCUUAUCUGAAGAAGCUCGGCCAUGUGAAGAUGUACGAUGGUGGGAUGGACCACAUCGUCCAAGGUGCCUUCAUGUUGAUGGAAAAUAACAGGAGGCAAGAAAGGGAGAUUGCUCGCCUGAGGCAGUUCGAGCAAAAGGUGGCCUCAGCCGAUGAGGCGCUAGGCAGCUUGGAGAGGCUGCGUCUUGAGGUUGAGAGCCUGAAGAAGAGGGCUGAUGAGGCCGACCAGUUGGACGCUGAGAAGGAAGGGGCCCUCCAGCGUUUGGCCGACGUGGAGCGUGCUCGCGACGAGGCCCUCCGGCGUGCGGAGGAGGCCGAGAAGGGCAAGGCCAGUGCAGAGCUGGCUCUUAGCGCCGCCGAGGAGAAAGCCGAUGAUGCUGUUGUGCAUAAGUUCCUUGAAGUCGGCUGGAAGGACGAGGCCCGGCUUCCUUUUUGCUUUGAGGUCGUGGCGGCCAGGCUCGUUGACUGGGUGACCCAAUCCCCCGACGGCCAGGCGUACUGGGAGAAGGAGAUGAAAAUCUUCUACGACCUUGGCCAAUACCGGAUGCAACGGCUGUUGUAUAGGAGGCUUCAACGGCGUUUCCUGGAUAUGGGUGUGACCAAGGAGUGGGCCGUCGGCCUUGAGCUGCCUUCGUUAAUGAGGCAUCCUGAAGCAGAGUUGGAGCUUCCGGUGGCUGAACGGCAGCUCCCCAUCGAGAGCUCACGCAUCAGCGACGACUGGGCGUAUGAGCGGAGCAUGUUUGAGGAUACUGCGACGUCGGGUGUCGCUGCUGGUACGUCUGUUGCCCCGGCCGAAGAGGGAGUCGAGGCCGAGAAGGACUCUGAAGCCCCUCCAGAGUCCUGAUUCCUUGUAGUUUUUUUUUGACUUUGUACUAUGUAACGGCCUAGAAGCCCUCCUUGUACUUCCCAAUCUAAUGAAUGAAAAGAAAUGCUUCAUUCAAACUUUACUGUUUUCGCGUUCUUUCUUUGCCGUGUUUGUACGACGUCCUCGUGUGGGUGUUUGCUUGCCUUGUUGCCAG